AUGCUGGACUACGAGGAGAGGAUGGCGUUGCUCGGCGAGUGGGGAACCUUCCAGAAGAUGGUCUUCUUCCUCCUCAGCCUCAGCAGCAUACCCAAUGGCUAUGUUGGCAUGGCGAUGGUGUUCCUCGUGGACACCCCCCCCCACCACUGCCGGGUCCCAGGGCUGAACAACAGCGGCUUCAACCUGGACCUCAACCUGUCGUUCCCCCUGGAGGAGGUGAGGGGGGAGGUGGUCCUCAGUCGCUGCCUGAGGUACCAAAACCCUCCGGGUUCCAACGGCAACGAGACCGAGGGAUGUCUGGACGGCUGGGAGUUCAGCACAGAGAGAUACACCUCCACCAUCGUGACUGAGUGGAACCUGGUGUGUGAGGAUGACUGGAAGGCUCCCUUCACCGCCACCAUCUUCUUUGUAGGUGUUCUCUGCGGUUCCUUCCUGUCAGGGAUUGUCUCAGACAGGUUCGGGCGCAGGUCGGUCCUCUUUGGCACCUUGGCAAUGCAGACAGUCUUCACCCUCCUCCAAGCAGCCUCUACCAGCUGGGAAAUGUUCUGCUGUUUCUAUUUCAUUGUGGGGCUUGGCCAGAUAGCCAACUACUGUGCUGCCUUCAUACUGGGCUCUGAGCUCCUAACUAAAUCAGUCCGCGUCAACUUUGGUGCUUUGGGGGUAAGUUUCAGCUAUGCCUUGGGCUACACCGUGCUGCCCCUGGCAGCCUACUGUUUCAGGAGCUGGAGGCUCCUCCUUGUGGUCCUCGCCAUCCCUGGCCUCCUCUACAUCCCUCUCUGGUGGUACAUUCCAGAGUCUCCUCGCUGGUUAUUGGCCCAGGGCAGACUGAAGGAGGCGGAGUCUAUCAUCAAAGCUGCUGCCAAGAUGAAUGGUCUUACGGCUCCUGAUGUCAUCUUCACCGAAGAUGUCACUGCAGAACUCAUGGAAAACAGAACCAAGGAGAGCCCACGCCUGUACAACUGGCUGGACCUGGUCAGAACCAGGAACAUACGCAACCUCACCAUCAUUAACAUCCUCAUCUGGACCAUCAUCUCCAUGACAUAUUAUGGGAUGUCCCUGAACACGCCCAAUAUGGACGGAGACCCCUACUUCAACUGCUUGGUUGCGGCGGCCACAGAGUUCCUGGCGUACGGCAGCGUCUGGUUCUUGAUCCGCUACACCCCCCGACGCUUCACCCUCCCCUUCACCCUGCUGCUGUCUGGAGCCCUGCUGCUCUUCAUCAAGCUCAUACCUGAUGAACUGAGCGGCCUGACCUUAACCCUGGUGAUGGUGGGGAAGACGGGUGUGACGGGGGCGUUUGGCUUCCUGUACCUGUACAUGUCGGAGCUCUUCCCCACCGUGGUGAGAAACAUGGCCCUGGGAAUCAUCUCCAUGGCAUCACGUGUGGGCAGCACCGUCUCCCCAUACAUCGCCUUCAUGGGUACAUACAACAAGUUCCUACCUUAUAUUUUGAUGGGUGGAGCCACAGUCAUGAUUGGCUUGUUGAGCUUGUGGCUACCUGAAACCAAAGGUGAAGAACUUCCAGAAUUCAUCCAUCAGGUGAAACCGCUUCAAAGGGUGUGUUUAUGGCAACAGGGUAGAGGGAGUACACAUGACCGGAAGAAGGGGACAACUUCUGUGGAGAUCUGAAGACUCCGAACCCUGAUCCUUGACUAUAUGUCAGUGUAGAUGACUUAUACUGAGCAGAAGGAACAGGGUUGGUGGAUUUCUUAGCUGGUCCUAAAACCGCAUAGCUCUGACGAGGUCCUGAAGUGGUCUGGUGAGUGGUCUGGUACCUUCAACUGACUAAGGUACAACCUACAGGACUCUAAAAUGUCCUUAUGGUUGCUACAAAAAUACAUAGAUUUAUUCAGAAACAGAAACUAAAACAAAAUCUACUAGGAAUAGUUAUCCUGCUUUGACCUCCUUGUUUGGUACAGUCUUGAUUGAAACACCUUAUGAAGUAUUCCUAUGCAUUGAGAGAUCUUUAAUGUAUGUGAUGUUGCAGUUGUGUAUGACAUAUGUUUCCUAAUGUAUUAGAGUGAACCAUACGUUUUUAAAUGAUGUACAAUAAAGGCAUUCAAAUAACCGGUGAGCUUGCAUGCUGGGUUUCUAUGACCUGUACCACAGUUCCCUCUAGUGGUGCAAAUGCCACACAUUUCCCCUCAUCAUUAAUGAACUGGUGUAUGUAAGCACAAUGGAGCUUUUGUCCUUUUC